AGUGAUUUGGUGAUUAAUAAGGAGAAUUAUGAUGGGGAAUUGGCGAGAGAGCAUGAGGAGUGGACGGAGCAGGAAAUUUCAAAAGGUAAUCAUCACCUUUAUGUGAGUGAUUAUGCUAAUGAAGUUAGCAAAGAUGAAUUUUUUUCGGAGCGGUCAGGUCGGAGUCUAACCGCUUAUGGAUUGACCUUUUAG